CCACCACACACUCACUCGUUACAACAACCAACACCACUCUUUCCAAUCACUACCACCACCACCAAAAUGCAGUUCAAGAGCCUCGCCUUUGCCGCCGCCGUCGCCACCACGGCCGCCGCCAUCGAGGACGGCGUCCCCUUCGGCAUCACGGCCGCCGCUUCCGGCACCGAGGUCAACAGCCUGGCCAUGCAGGCGGCCGAGGAGCGCCUGUGGUUCAACCACGGCCAGAACGCCAGCUGCGACAAGAAGACGCCCGACGCGGCGCAGUUCACCCUGACCCAGGGCCGGCUGUACCUGUACUCGACCUCUGCGACCCCGCAGCAGGUGUGGGUUGACCCGUCCGCGCAGGGCCAAGGCGUCUUCGGCUACAACACGGGCGCGCAGCCGCUCCCCUCGGGCGCGCAAGCCGCCAAAUUCGCCGUCAACGCCGACGGCAAGCUGCAGUUCGGCGGCAAGGACAUGAUGGCGUGCAAGCUCGACGGCCAGAACUACGGCAUCUGGAUCGGCGGCUUCGACAACCCGGACUGCAUCCAGUUCAAGGCCCAGACCCAGGAAGCCGCCGAGCCCAACUCUUGCUCUUACACCCAGAAGCAGAAGGCCGAGUAA